AUGGCAGCCAUCCCCUCUAGCGGCUCGCUCGUGGCCACCCACGACUAUUACCGGCGCCGCCUGGGGUCCACGUCCAGUAACAGCUCCUGCGGAAGUGCUGAGUACCCUGGGGAAGCCAUCCCCCACCACCCAGGCCUGCCUAAAGCUGACCCGGGCCACUGGUGGGCAAGUUUCUUCUUCGGAAAGUCUACCAUCCCCUUCAUGGCCACGGUGCAGGAGUCCCCAGAGUGCUCAGGACCUCCCCAGGCCUCCAGCACCAUGAUCGCCUGUGACUUGGCUCAGGGCACCGGGAGGAAGCCGCCUGGAAGCCCGCCAGCGACACCAGCGCCGGGCCCCUCCUGA